GCGAUCAGGAUGUUCUUCAGCUACGCCCGUGGACGCGGCCUCUUUACUGGUAGCCUGGAAGAGGCGGUCGAAGCAACUCAUGCCCAGCUCCCAGACGCGGACUUCGAGCGCUUGAUGACGGAGUAUCCGUUUGACGCCAAGGCGGAACGGAAAUACCUGAUGCGUCACAUCUUCGAUAGGACGCUGGCAAGCCAACAGAAGUCCCGCCGCCUUCAAAGGCAGGCCGCGCUGAAAGAGGUGACCGGCAUGAAGGAGGUCGAUGUGCCCGCGGAGCUUCGGGAGUGGAACUACGGUGUUCAACGAGACAUCGAUGCAAAGCAAUCAGGCUAUGUGAUGGAUGCCAUUCCGUAUCGGACCAAGGCUAGCCGCACUUUCUCAGCAGCCAAGGCCGCUCGCAAGUCCAAGACCACCACGGAGGUCACGGAUGACAAUGACCUCAACUUCAUGCUCGGUGUCGACGAUGAUCGUUACUGCAGGCUCAGCGGCAAUAAUCCUGAGGGCGAUGACAUGAGAGUCAUCAAGAAGGACGACAUCCCUAUGGAUCACUUGCAGAAACCCCCUCGUUGGGUAGAUCGAGUUGCCAAAUGGAUGAUCGGAGCCGUGCGGGGAUCCAACAUCGACUCGAAAAGCAGGGUCGGCAAAUGGAUUCGCGUAGAGGAGCUGCUGUUUCAGUUGAAGAAGCGCCAUCAGGUCGAAAUCGGGCACCGCAUGCUUCAGUCGCUGGUUGCCCACGACAACAAGGGCCGCUUCAUUCUCUCUGGACAUGUUGGGGAUCCUCGCAAUGAAUGCAUCGAUUGCGGGAUCUGGCCUUUGUGGAUUAGUGCCAGCCACGGACACAGCGCACGGAUCAAGGACCAAGUCGACGCCUCAAGCAUCGCAACCGUGUGGCUCGACCCAAGGAGGCGUACCGUCGACAGAGUUCCAGCUGCCUACAAAGGAUUUCUUGGCUCGGGGAAGUACCAUUGCUACUUCGCAAAAGCCACGUUAUCCGAACUCGGUAACAGGGCUGGGGUACGGGCCAACUUGCACGUCGAACUCGUGUUCGACACGGUGGAAGUUCUGAAGCACGCCUAUCUCUUCGAGGCGGAGUCCGAGGGAAUUUUGUGUCGCGAGAGAGUCCCCGGCGAGUGCAUUCUGUACGUGAGGGACUCAGACAGCAACGCGACACUUUGGACAAGGCCCUCACCAGGCGACGAGGACAUUGAGGUGAUUGUUGAGAUUGCGGGGAUUACAACCAUUGAAGAUGAUGAUGAGCCCACGGAUCUCUUCUCCUUUCCCGAGCCUGCUGAGCCCGAAGAGGAAGCAGCCAUCCUCGCCGAGGUCAUCCAGGAGCCUGAGGAAGAGGCUACAACAAUGGGUGAGGAAGUUCCAGCCCCACUUAGCGGAGGCCAUGGAUAUGAUUAUGUACCACCAGUGUAUGGCGACACCUCAGACGCGCCAAUGCCUGCAAUCCUCGAUGCGACAGCUGCCGAUGUCCUCCCUGAGGAGGCUGCCACGUUGGACGGGGAUGAUGGUGCCGGCGUGGGUGUGGUCGAACCUCCACAGCCAGCUGAGGAGGAGCCUCCGCAACCGUCGAAGGAAGUACCAACAGCCAACACCGCUGAUGCAGACACCAUUAUGGCUAUGAUCGACGAUGAGCCGGAGGAAGCGGCACCAGCCGAGGCACCUGAGGUACCAAAGGCAGAGCAUGUUACCAAGCCUGCUAACAAGAUGCCGACGGAGCCUCCGCACCGUAUCCUGCCGCCUCCAGCCCCCGCAGCGGGUGGCCGUCGACGUGCCUGCCCCCAUUGUGGCGCAUCACAUUUGGUGGGACAAAUGGUUUGUCUGCGAUGCAAAGCUCAGCCUCUAGCCAAGGCCACAGCGCAGAGCCAGCGCAAGCGCAUCAAAACCGACAGAUGGUUCCAGGAGCAAGCAGCCGCAAUCGCUACAGGCAAGGCGCGUUCUCGCCUGUCUGUCGAAGAGGUCCUCGCCAACAUUCGCAAGGAAGUGGGAGGACGCGGCGCUCAAAGCUUGGACUCGGUUGCCAUCGAAAAGGCGAAGCAAAUGCUGAAGCUCGCGAACAAGCAGGGCUGUACCAGCAUUGUGGAGCGAUUCGAUUCCGACGCCGAGUACACCCUGGCAUCCCUCAACAACGGCUACGACCGUGACUUCUUGAGGACGCAAGAUGUGCUUGUCCACGGGAUCUUGCCGAACCUUGGUCGCAAUCAGGCCCAGAGGACCCUUGGCACUGGCGUCCACGGAUCGGGUAGCUGGGACCGACCAGAGUCCCCGGAAAGCGUCGCAAGGUUGCUCUAUCUGCAUGAGUGCAAUCCAGCCGCUCUUAGAGCAGGCCUGCUGGGAACGGAACAGGAUGACCCACUCGCAAUCAUGUGGUUGGGAGUGGCCUACAGCCUCUCAGGGUUCAUCCAAGUCUUCCUGCAGCAUCGCGUCGUGGACAGGCUUCAGUGCUUCACUGAAACGCUCUACCUCGACCCCAGCUUGGACUACACCGCUGCAGAAUGGGACCUAUGGUUGAGACAGAGAUUAAACACUCAACUUCAACCAGCCAUCCGUGCCCAUGAAGAGCGACUUGCUGAUGCUGAACGAUCCCGCGCAGCCCAACGUGCAGCUGAUGAACGCCGUGCGACAAAGGGUGAAAGCAAGUGUGGGAAGAAAGACACAGCGAAGGGGCCUCAUCCCUACUCUCGUGGAGGCUACGGCUACCAUCGCUGA